AUGGCCACAUGGUCAGACAGCAAGGCCGUUAUGGAUUACCAAAAGUUUCUAGCUUCUGGGAAACAAGAAAUUGAACACAAGAAAGAUGGUCCCUCCGUUAUCAUUUCCGAAGGACCCAACGAGAUGGCCGACGCCUUGUUGGCCAUGGGAAAGGGGGACGAUGUAGUACUCACGCGGCACGACAACCUUCCUUCCGAACUGGCUGGCCAAACGGAAUAUCCAAUUUACAUUUGUCUGCCGCCCACGGAGCUGGAAGACUUUAUUCGCAACUUGUCCGAUAAUUUCAAGCAACACAAUGAAGACUUUUGCUUUUUUUCCGGAGGACCCACCUUUGGGAACAUUGAAGAUUUGCUCAAAGGCUUUGGUUACUGUCGAGAUACCAUGACUCAAGUGUUGGCGACUGGGAUAGAGUUUUUGCCACAGGCUCAAAAGGUCAACGACCUCAGCGUGAAAAUAGGUACAGACGCCAUGGGCGAAGAAAAGUGGGCUGGCGAAUGUGCGGCCUGUGGAAAGUGGAAUGGGGCCAUUGCCCAGCGGAUGGAAAAUAGUGAUGUGAGAUGCAACAUUGACUUUUACCGUGAUUGGAGGCGUAGAAUGUGGGAAUGCAAUGCGUACGAUGCCAUUUUCCCAUUGGUGGGCUGUGUGCGAGAAGAACCCACCACCAUUUUUGAAGUUGCCGAGUAUUAUGAAGAAGAAGCCUCUGACAUAUUGUGGGAAGUAUCUGGCUCUUUGCGCGGAUGGAAGGCAGUUACUCUCAUGUUUGGAUUUGAAGAGCGGCUAUUCGGGAUUGCUGAAAAUCGAGGAUCUGGGAAGCAAUGCAAGAUUGACGAGACAAUGUUUCCUUACAUCUAUGGCAAUCGAGUCUUUUCGGAUAGUCCCACGGUCAGUGAUUAUUUGUGGUAUGCUAGAGACAACUUUGGCAUCCUAAAGGACGCAAAACUACCACCGAAGAAAACUGAUUCUGGAAAAAGUAUAAUGCGCAAAGGAAAUUUACGGGCGGAUGGUGUAAUCUAA